AUGCCUGCAACAAGAGUCACAGUUAUUGUCAAUACAGAGCAGACGCAAAAGACGAUCCUUUUGGUUCCGGCCUCAAUUUCGUAUGACCCUUGUGUCUCGCCUUCGUGCCACUCAUUGGUGACUAAGAUUGCCCAAACAAAAUUGAGGUUGAAGAAACCUUGUCGCAUAUUUGCACGUGGAGGGCAGGAACUCGUCACCACUGAAAACUGGCAAGAUGCCAUUAGGAAUGACGCAACUCUGUUAGUCUCUACAGGAGAAGAUUAUGUUGGUGCAAGAACAGAAGUUUCAGAUAGUUCUCGGACUAGGGAAGCUGGCGGUGCCAGUCGCGAUUGCCCAGUCAUCCAAUUGAAUGGGCAGACAGAAGUUGAUUCAUUAUCCCUCACACAACUAGAAACUACGGCUAGGUCAUUACCAGGUAUUUUACACGCCGUUGCUCAGCCAGAUUUACAUCCUGGGACAAAAUAUCCAAUAGGAGGUGUCCUUGUUUCCAAAGGCUGGAUUCAUCCGCCUUUGAUAGGGAGCGAUAUUGGGUGCGGAAUGGCUUGGUAUAAGACAAGUCUAUCUCGUUCGCAGGUGGAGGGUGAUAAAGGCAGGAAAGUUGCGGAGAAGCUGAGAGGCUUGGAGGGUCCAUGGAGAUCGCAUGCAGAACAAGUCACUUGGCUCGGUCAGGUAGGAGGCGCAGGUCAGAAAUGGGAUGCUUCACUUGGAACAAUUGGUGCUGGAAACCAUUUUGCUGAACUACAAGUGGUAGAGGAAUCAUCUCCAGGACAUGGAGAGGCCGGAACGACAUCAUCAACAGAGCUUUCCGAGAACGAUGUCAUCUUGCUUGUUCAUUCUGGAUCACGUGGAUAUGGUGGUGAUAUACUCAAGCGACAUACUGGUAAUGGUCGCGACAGCAUACCUGAAUCGGAAGCAGGAGACUAUCUCCAGGAGCACGACCAUGCCUGCCAGUGGGCCGAGAGGAAUAGAGACCUAAUCGCCCUUCGCUUCCUCUCGAUCCUGGAACCAGGUCAAGAGUCAUGGAGUCCUGGCAAAAACGAGCCCGGUCAGCCAGUAGCUUCAGACGAAAUCUGCCACUCGUACACCGAAAUCCAAAAACGCAAAGUCGUCGACAUCUGGCAUAACAAUAUUGAACGGACGCUCUGGCCUCCCUCAAACCCUCACGCCAUCAGCGAGGGUCAAGAACAGCAGCAAACAGCAUACAUUCACCGCAAGGGCGCCGCACCAACGUACCACCCCUCAACAAGACAGCCCCUAAACAUUCUCCCUCUGCCAGGCUCCCGGGCUACACCAACCAUAAUCCUCCACCCAACCUUCAGCACCACCAACGAUUUCGGGCGCGUGAAUGCACUAAGCCUGGCCCACGGAGCGGGUCGUGCAAGAUCCCGAGCAGACGCGGCGACCCACGUGGCGGAGAAGUAUAAAGGGCGAGCAGAUGACUUGCUUCGAGGAGACUUUGUACGCGCGGAUAGGCAUGGGAACAAGAAGGUGGAUGACGGGCAAGGUAGAGACAUCAAAGGGGGUACAUGGGUGGUUUGCGAGGACAAGCAAUUGGUGUGGGAGGAGGCAAGUGAGGCGUAUAAGGAUGUCUGGAAGGUUGCAGGUGACUUGGUAGCGAAGGGAUGUGCAGAGCGAUGGGGUUGGUGCAGAGGGAGGGUCAGCUACAAGGUCAGGAAGGAGUAA